CAUUUUUCGCGGGGUAACGGAACCGGAAGUGUUGUUAUUACGAAAAAAUUGAAAGAGAGUUGUAUUUUGAGUGACAAAAUCUGUUUGAAUCCUUUCCAUUAUGUCAGACGAACCCCAUUCGGAGGUAGAGUCUCCAGAUGUCCAUUUUGAACCAGUGGUACAGCUUACUGCUGUCGAUGUGGUCACCAUGGAAGAAGAGGAAGAAGAAUUAAUACAGAUGAGGGCGAAACUGUUUAGAUUUGACCACUCAGAUGAGCCUGCUCAGUGGAAGGAAAGAGGCACAGGAACAGCGAAACUGUUACGUCACAAGAAGUCGGAUCUGGUACGAGUGUUGAUGAGGAGGGACAAAACAUUGAAAUUAUGUGCCAAUCACUAUGUACAACCAGAAAUGGAAUUAAAACCUAACUGUGGUAGUGAGAAGGCUUGGGUAUGGACGACGACAGCAGACUUCUCAGAUGGUGAAGCAAAACCAGAACUUUUAGCUAUGAGAUUUGCUAAUGCAGAAAAUGCUCAGAAAUGGAAAGAAAAGUUUAUCGAAGCUCAAAAGAUAAUGAGGGAGGCUAUACCUGGUCAUAACGAUAAACUGAGCAAAGAAUCGGAUACGAGCAUAAAUAAAGAGAAAGACAGCAAUAAUGACACUACAGAAGAAACAAAAGCAUCAGGUGACAAGAGUAAAGAUGACGAUGCUGAACCAGCUGAAACAGAGAAAGCAGAUAAAGAGGCUGAUUCUGUCGCAGAAAAAUUAACAAACUUGACUGUGAAAGAAAAUGGUGAUAACUCAAAAGACAGUGAAGAUAAAUCAUUAGAGAAUAAAACUGAAAAUGAAGAGAAGAGUUAAGCGAUAAUGUUGAAUGUAGAUUUAGAACAAAAUUGUUACCGGUACAUUUUGUUAUGUUGAGGACAUGCUAGGGUGGUUGUUAAGGAUUUAUCUGUCCGAUAUAUAUACUGGUAAUUUCUGUACUCAGGCUGUUCAUAUACAUCGUAGUUCUUGUCGGCGUAUGACAUUAUUGUGCUUUGAAAAUAGAUAUUGUGACUUUCUUUUUGACAAAUUAAGAUUGUAUAACAUUUUAAACAAUUUUCAUUAUAGCACAGUAUUAAUGCAGUACAGUAUGCACCAAAACACCAGGCUUAUCAGCACAUGGUCCACCUUAACAAAAUUAUUGGGACAAGCUCAGUUUCUUUUAUUGCCAAACUAACAAGUAAAGACAUAGAUUUUUGUUUUACAAAGCCAGUUUUACUUGAAUAAACAGAAUGGCUAGUAUUGCCUUCAUGGAUUACAUUCACUGGAUUAAUGAAAUAUUAUAUCUGUGCUAGAGCUACUAUUUACAGUGAUUUAUAAGCUUUAUGCACAAUGAUUUUUGUUCAUGAGAGCAAUUUUCUUAAUACUUAAUUCUUAAGUAUAAAUCAGGAAAAAUGUAUUUGGGGAUAUUGGUCAUACAAAAAAGGUCAGUAAAUACAUGUGUAUUCUAAAUGUUAAGAGUGCUUGAAAAGUAGUUUAUUUGCAGUGAAUUUGAAUAGCUUUGAAAUUUUACAGUUGUCGUUUGUCAAAUUUUGCUGCAGGCAAUAGAAAUUAUGACUCUGAGCUCAAACUUCGGUACCUCACUUGAUGAAAUUUAUGGAGAUGUUCUGUUAAUCAUAACAGUAAUCAUUCCUCAGAAUUUGAAAUCCUAUUGUAUAAACCUGUUCAAUUUAGCAUCUAUAGCCACUUUUUACAGAGGGAGAUAAGUUUCCAAAGCUUCUCAGACUACAGUCGCCUACUUGACUCAGAACCUCACACCAAGGUCUGUAACUAUAGGCCGAUAAAAAUAUUGCAACAGGGUUGCCACUUACCUUGAAAAGUCAGGGAAUUUUUUUUUUUUUUUCAAGGUCGGUGAAUUGUCAGGGAAAUCUUGAUAAUGGUCAGUGAAAAAUGAAAUGUUAGAAAAGUCAGGGAAAAAUGAAAUUCUGGAUUGAUGUUUAAUAUGUUCAGUGGCUAUGGUAGUCUUCAAGCAGUAUUUGUAAGAAUUUCCAAACACAUUUUGGGCCCCAUGUGGUUCUGGGACGAUCUAUGAAAAGAAUUGGAACCACUGCCUUACCCUUUCAUGAUCGUAAAAGGCGACUAAUAGUGUCUUAACACUUGGUUUUGCUGUAACUCUAUACAAAUUUUGAUUCCAUACCUCAUGUUUUUAUUUCGAUGUAAAUGAGAUGUGAAACCAAAAUUUGUAGUCCUGUUCGGCGCCAUAUAACCUGUACUGUGUUGGUGCGCCGUAAAACCCAAAUAAAUAAAUAAACAAACGCAUUUUGGUGUAAUUGUGUAUAUUAAAACGUAAUUUAAAUGUGUUUGAAUCAAUUUCGUUUUUAUGUUAACUUUGGAAUUUUGUGAACUGAAAGGCAUUGCAACCCUUGCCUGAAACAAAAUAAAUAUAAAGGGGUGGAUUGGACGACUGUAGGGGAGGAGGAGGCUGAAAAAAAUAUAGUGGUAUUGGUCGGGGAAAAGUAUGGUUUAGUCGGGGGAAAAGUCAGGGAAUUUCAUUUUCUCAAAGUGGCAACCCUGUUGUAAUGUUAACAUGACUGUAUUUAUCUCAUUACAAACUAUUGACAAUGCAUGUCUAACAAAUGGUUUUCAUUUUGCAAGCCCAGAAUUCUGUGUUCUGGUUGCAGAAUCUGUGUUCAUGUUGCCGAAUCUGAUGAUGGGAAAAGGUCCCAUUUGCAAAUCACCUUCGAAAAUUCUCUGCAAAUAAUAGCGCCAACUGCUACACAUUUUCUUAUUUCAACAACAGUGCAAAAUCUGAAAAUAAACUUAGAAAUAUGUGCCAGCUGUAAUAGUUUCAAAAUGAUAGCUCAACCAAAGCACAAAUUCACAUCAAGUCGAUACAUCAUAGUUUCAAGGUCAAUGAAGUAUAAAAAUAUGCUUAAAUUUAAAAAUUGCCUGUUACAUGUUAAUUUGACCUUUGCCAGUUUGAGGUGAAGAGCUGAAAAAUGUUUAGCGUCUUAAAAGGGAACAGCCUGAUUUUGAACAAAAACAAGUUUAUUCACCUAUAGACAUGAAUUAAAACAAUGUUAGCCAGCUUAUAUUAUGUAAUAAUUCAUGUAAUACACAUGAAGUGUUUUCAUACAUCAUAAAAUUUUAAAUGCAUGUUUAUUUAUUUCAGUUUACAUGGAUAAGUGUUUGAUAUUAUUAUUUCAGGAUUUAUUUCUACACACCAGAAUUUAACCUUUAGCCUGCUUGUGGCAAGUGUUUCUGUAUUUGCGACAAGUGCAGACCAAGAUAAACCUGCACAACCAUCUAGGCUUAAGUUGGUCUGUACUGUUCGCUAUUCAGUCAGUACAUUUUCAUUAAACACCCCUUCAAAUAAUAAAUGGUACUGCCCAAAUUGAAUGAUAGACCAGUCUGUUUUGGAAAUUUAGCAGGUAAAGGUUAAUAUUUUGUAAAAGUUGACAUUCUAGUAAAGUUUUAAAUAUUUUGACAAGACAAAUCACAGUUGUUGCGAUUUAGUUUAAAAGGAAAUUAGAAGAAAUUGUUCCAGUGUUUGACUGUUGAGAAGGUACUUUUGAUUUAUAAGUUUUCAAGAAGGCAUGGUAGUAUGUGCAAAUGAAUAUGAUUAAGAAGAAAAGGAAUUAAACUAGAAGAGUGAAUAUGUGAAAUAAUUUUACUCGGAUAAUCUAAAAUUAUUUAACAGAUUGCUUUUCUUUGAAAUGUUUCUUGUGAAGCAUGUUUCAAGGACUUCGAAAACUUCCUAUCGCAUUUUUUAUUGAAAACUGAUUCCCAAUUUUGAACAGUGUGACCUUACCAGCAAUUUCCAUCAAUAAAUUUGUUUCAUGUAUAUGUGCUUGUUUACCUCGGAUGAAAGGAAAUACACAUUAAAUAAUAUUAAAAUCUUGUAAACCUU